GGCAAGGAGGAGAGGACAGGCGGGCAGAGGAGCGGAGCACGCUUGCAGCAGGAGCGCGACGGCGCCAGCCACGGAGAACCCCGCCGGUGCCAGCCUGCACGCCGACUGCCGAGUGACAAAAUGGACCUUGGAAGCAGAGGAAGAAUCCACUACAACAUGAGACUCACCUGCACUCUGCUAAUCAUGGGAGCAUUUUGUGUGAUGCCUUUCCUCUGCCAUAGCCAGAUUGACCCACUAGCUCUUGGGCGAGCAGACCCCCACUGUUGGGAAUCCUCCUCAGCUCUGUUACUGGAGAUGAGAAAGCCUCACAUUUCUGACUCUGUCAGUGGCUUUUGGGACUUCAUGAUCUUCCUGAAAUCAUCAGAGAACUUGAAACAUGGGGCUCUGUUCUGGGACCUGGCUCAGCUCUUCUGGGAUAUCUAUGUAGACUGCGUGCUCUCCAGAACCCAUGGCCUAGGAAGAAGGCAGCUAGCAGAGGCAGAACUGAAGAUUGCUACUCCACAUUCCCAGUUCAUGGAGAGAAACCAAGGGAUAUUUCCUCAUAUUCAGAGGUCACCAGUUCUGAAGAAGAAAGACUUGUUUGAAGAUUUAAGUAUUGGCAUGCAUAAGAGUAGAUCUGCAUUACUUGGAAGAAUCACUGGAGAGCUACAGAAGAAGAGAGAAUUACGCAUUUAGUCAAACGAUUUGCUGAUUUUUUUUAACGACUUUGCUUUAAUUUUUCCAUUUGAAUCCCUAUGGAUGUCAGUUGAUAUGGUGGAAGAAGGUGUAUAACUAAGAGCAGUGUACCUCUGAUUCAUUUGGACUUAAUGGAGUGUUUUUUUUAACUACCUAUGAA